GGGGCCCUCGGCGCUGUCCGGUGCUGAAGCUCUGCCCGGCGCCGCCGCAGGAGCGCGGAGAGGCGCGGCCGCGGGAGCUGGCGCCGCCUGCUCAGUCCCGCUCUGUCCUCGCUCCCGCGCGGCCAUGGACUGAGCGUCGGGUGGGCCGCGGGGAUGGGGCCACCACUCCCGCCACUCCUGCUCCUGCUGCUGCUGCUGCUGCUGCCACUGUCCGCCGCCCCCGCCCCCGCGCCCCGCGGCCGGCAGCUCCCGGGGCGCCUGGGCUGCCUGCUAGAGGAUGGCCUUUGCGGACCGACGGAGGCCUGCGUAAACGAUGGCAUGUUUGGAAGGUGCCAGAAGAUCCCGCCCCUGGACACAUCAGGCUAUGAAGUGUCGCCCGCGGCCCUGCAGCAUCUGAGGGUCACCUUGCAGGCACUUUCUCACUCAGGUUUCACGUGGCAGGAUGACUACAUCCAGCGAACCAUGGCCCAGGAGCUUGCAGGCCUCCCCAGAGCCCCUCCCCAGCACAUGGGAACUUUCGGCCCAGCCAGGACCUCGCAGCAGAAUGUGGGCGCUGAAAGGCAGUACAGCUUGGAGGACGAUGUGGCCCUGGCCAAGGCCCUACAGCACUACUUGCUCUACUUGGAGGCUCUGUCCCAUGCCACAGGCACGAGUGCGCACCACAGGAGGGAGCAUGAAAAGCCACCAGCCAAGGGUGAAGAACCCUUCCCCGAGAACAUCCUGACCUACGUGACUCGCACGUCUUCACUGAGCUACCCUCCUGUGAGCCAGGUGCAGUCCCCCGAAGCCUUGCCACUGCGCACCCUCGGCCGGCUCCAGCCAGACGAGCUCAGCCCGCAGGCAGACAGCAGUGCGGACAGACUACGCCCAAUGGCAGCCCGUGUUGCCUACACUGCUCCAAGGCCUCCCGUGCUGGCCGGAGAGAGUGACCUGGGGUCACGGUACAUUCUGCGUAACCCCUCAAGAGCGCCAAGGCCUUCUUCUGUGCUGGUAGCCCCCCAGAAAUGGCUUUCACCUCCAGGACACCCUCAGGAUCCCCUGAGCACAGGCGAUGAAGUGCUUGUCCAGAGUCUUCUGAAGGAUCUGAGGAGGCAGCAGGCUGGUGCAGAGCAGGAGGCCCCAGCUGGGAUGGAGGGGAUGGCAGAUAUGAUGGCCAGUUCUGCGAGGCAAGAUGAACGUCCAGCAGAAGGCCAGGCCAUCACCAGGCAAGGAGCUGAGGGACAGCCACAGGAGCUGCUGGGAGGCCGGGAAGCUGCACUCCAAGGUGACAGAGCAUGGGAGGACAGCAGCCCAGGCUCCAGUGAGGCCAGUCACCUGAGUGUCCGACUUGGAGAUAUCCUGCAGGACCAUAGGUCCCCACUCCUGCCUGGAGAGCUCCCCCCGGAGCAGGCCUUCCCAACAGAGAUCAAGAAAUCGGAGGAAUCUGUGGCCUCCUUGUCUUCAGAGGAAGAAGAUGUUGGGGUAGAGAACGUGAAGAGCCAAACAUACUCCAAAGACCUAUCAGAGAAUCUGAAGGCAGAACCCAGGGUCGCUGGGCUUGGGAGACUCCAGAACUGGGAUCCAGAGGCACCUCAGGAGGCUCAGAGCCCCCAGACAGGACAGUGGGGCCCGCUAGGUGAAGGCCUGCAGUUGGAAGCCAGGCCUUCUGAGGUCGAGGAGCCUGGCUACAUCGUGACAGGCAGCGACCUCCUGAGCCCAGAGAAAGGGAAGCAGCUGAUGAGUGAUGUCGCCCACCUCCUGCAGGUGCCACCCAGCAUCUUUGAAGACAUUGAGGUCGUGGGGCCAGCAGUUACUUUCAAAGUGGGUGCCAAUGCCCGAAAUAUGACAACUGCAGACGUUGUGAAGGCCACAGCUGACCACAGGAACCAACUGGAGGAGGCUUCUGGACUGAGGAUCCUUCAGAGCGGGACCGGGCCGAGCAGCAAGCUCCUGCCUCAUGGGAGAGAGCAAGAGGACUCCACAAAGUUCAUCGUGCUCACGUUCCUGUCCCUGGCUUGCAUCGUGGGGGUCCUUCUGGCUUCCAGCCUGAUCUACUGCCUCCGCCACAGCUCCCACCACAAGCUAAAGAAGAAGCUGUCGGGCCUGGGGGGUGACACCAGUGCAGACGCCACUGCUGCCUACCAGGAGCUGUGCCGCCAGCGCAUGGCCGUGCGCCCACCCGAUCGGCCUGAGGGCCCACACACCUCCCGAAUCAGCAGCGUCUCCUCCCAGUUCAGUGAUGGCCCCAUGCCCAGCCCCUCAGCACGUAGCAGCACCUCAUCCUGGUCUGAGGAGCCUGUGCAGUCCAACAUGGACAUCUCCACCGGCCACAUGAUCCUGGCCUACAUGGAGGACCACCUGCAGAACAAGAACCGGCUGGAGAAGGAGUGGGAGGCUUUGUGCGCCUACCAAGCAGAGCCCAGCAGCUCACUUGCUGCCCAGAGGGAAGAGAACUUGGCCAAGAACCGCUGCCCAGCCGUGCUGACCUAUGACCACUCACGGAUCCUGCUGAAGGCUGAGAACAGCCAUGGCAACUCGGACUACAUCAAUGCCAGCCCCAUCAUGGACCAUGACCCGAGGAAUCCUGCGUACAUCACCACCCAAGGACCGCUGCCUGCCACUGUGGCCGACUUCUGGCAGAUGGUGUGGGAGAGUGGCUGCGCUGUGAUCGUCAUGCUGACCCCACUCACAGAAAAUGGCAUCCGGCAGUGCCACCACUACUGGCCUGAUGAGGGCUCCAACCUCUACCACAUCUAUGAGGUCAACCUGGUCUCCGAGCACAUCUGGUGUGAGGACUUUCUGGUGCGAAGCUUCUACCUGAAGAACCUUCAGACCCAUGAGACUCGCACGGUGACCCAGUUCCACUUCCUGAGCUGGUAUGACCAGGGCGUCCCUUCCUCCACAAGGUCGCUUCUGGAUUUCCGCAGAAAAGUAAACAAGUGCUACAGGGGCCGUUCUUGUCCAAUAAUCGUUCACUGCAGCGACGGCGCCGGCAGGAGUGGAACCUACAUCCUGAUCGACAUGGUUCUCAAUAAGAUGGCCAAAGGUGCUAAAGAGAUUGAUAUCGCAGCGACCCUGGAGCACUUGAGGGACCAGAGACCAGGCAUGGUCCAGACAAAGGAGCAGUUUGAGUUUGCACUGACAGCUGUGGCUGAGGAGGUCAACGCCAUCCUGAGGGCCCUGCCCCAGUAGACGCCACCACAGCCUCCAGGACCAGGCCGUGACUCUGCCCGUGUGUCUCCCAUCGUGACCGCAUAGUGAUAGGGUCCUUAGGCUGCCGUAGUCAGCACCAUUCACCCCUGAAAAUGUGUACUUUUGUUUCACUGAAAGAAAGGCGCUUGCAGCAACAUCUGGCUGGAAGGUGGGGGAGGAUCAGCUCAUCCGUUUUCACAUUCUGGAGGCGAUUAUUUUUCCUGAAGCACAUGUUUGCAUUCUUCACUGCAAAUCCUGUUAGGCUGGUGGCAUGGUAGUUAGCACCUUCAGUGUGGUCCCAGAAGGCCUGAGCUGUGGAUGUAGCUUGUCAAAGAGGGUGAGUAGGGCAGGGAGGAAUCCAGAAAGCCAGAGAGCCCUGAAUGAGGGCCACCAGGUGUGGGAAUGACUGUGGCAUCGGCCAUGAGGCUGUCAUCACAGGGGAAGGCUCAGGCAGGACUGUCAGCACACACAGCUUGUGCAGGGAAGGAACACCCUCUCUGGGGUGUAGCUGCCAGCUCCUAAAUGCUCCCCCGAGCACUGCAGGGUGGGGUCAGCCACACAGAUCCCCCAGGACAGAAAGAGGGAUUUCCUGGGGUGGACCCCUCCCCACCACUGUUUCCAAGGUCAGGACCUCACGUGAGGUUAUUAACUAUUAAUGUGAGAACACCGAUGUCUGCACAACAGAACCAGAUGCCCCAACACACUCUCCUGUGAGGUGACCAAAUCAGACCAGGUGUGGGGGGUCAGCAAGCCCCAAGUGACCCAGGGGAUACUUGGAGAUCCAGUCCUGGGAGGAGAGGGGUAUAGACACCUUGACUCUGCUGUUACCUACACCCCAGCCCAGGAGAGAAUCGGGUCCUCCUGCCUCCUGGGUCUGUGGGAUUCAGUUGCCAAGAUCACAUUGGAACAUUGGGUUUACUGCCUCACUCCAAUAGGAAAAGCCCCUUCCAUUGAUGCAGGGACAACAUCCUGGGUGGCACAGUGGGAUCACUGAGAGCCACAGACACCCCUGCAGGGCUGAGCAUGGAGAAGACCUGUCCUGCCCAGUACCACGCCAUCCCUUCUGCCUUCAUGUGACGGCUGUGGCCAGGCGUGAUGGGAAGGGGCAGGAGUGCAGAGAGGGUGCUGAAUGCUCUGUCAGAAAUGACAUGGUGGGCCCAACUGGGUAUCUGUCCUUCUCUCCCCAGAUUGUUUCCCUACCUGGAAUUUAAAUAAUAAUUAAUAGAAAUGAAUUUAUCUGAAUAUAGGAAGCAUAGACCUACUUGUAAUUUCUAACUUCUUAUGUUUUAAAAAAAAUCCUCCCGUGUGAGAUACAUAAAUCUAUUUAAUGGUGUCAUAUUAAACUUCUGAUUUCACA